CAAUUCCAGAGUUCUCGGUAAUGUGCAGUUCAUAAGCUACAGAGAGCAUACGGGGCUGAUGCGCGAUGAGCCUGAAAUAAUCCGUUUAUUAAUUAGAAGACCCCCGGUGGCUGUUAGGUUUAGCAUAAAAGCGUACAUUUUAAAAAAAGCAAACAAAAUCAGGAAAGGAUUCCCGGAUGUUGUAGAAAGAAACGAGUUUUCACGGUUAUGCGUUUAGGUGCAAAAAAGGUAUCGCUAGCUAGUUAGCGUAACUACUUUUAGCUUGCUGGCUAUCGGGGGUUUUAGGUGGGUUAGCUGCGCUGCAUAGCAAGUGUUUGCUAACGUUAACUAUCCCGCUAAUCAUCCGCAUACGCCUGCAGACAGCACUGGCUGGCGCUGUAAUGCGUUUCAUUCUGCCGCUCUUCGCCGUUUAUGGGCUAGUUUUUUAGCUAGCUAGCGCGUUGAUUAGCUGAUGGACGGUUUUGUGGGCGCUCUGUGCGACUACUCUGGCGUUGUUUGGUUUCGGUACUGGGGCGGUUAGCUAGGCUAGUUAGCAGAAAUCCAGUACGGAUGUCUCGACAGGCAGCUUUGUAGUCACCGGGACAACUCGAGUUGGUAGUCAGCAUAUCAAACGGCAGUGAAGGAGUGUCCGUGGUACAGCUUUGAUUUCAUCUUUUAGCAGGACGUGUUUAAUCAGACAGCUGCUCUCAGAUAUCACCCAGCCACACACCGUUAACGUUAGCGUUCAUGCUAACUAAACCAGACUCGAGUGCUGUCGCUUUGCUACAUUAGGCUGUGUAAUAGCUAGAGUCAGUUUUUUCUUUCUUUCCUCGUUCUCCGCAUCAGAUUGAAAGAUUCAGGGCCCAAAGCUUGUUCUCCUCAAUCGUUUUUAUCUGACUAGCUAGUCAGCAGGUCACCCUGUAUUUUUAUAUAUAUAUAUAUAUAUUUAUACAUCGAAAGGCCUACGCGAUGUGCAUCAUUUUCAGCAGCUAACAUCAUUUCUCAUCGUGUUUGUUGCUGCAUCGAAACGCUGAAAAAAAAGGGAACCACCUGCUAGCAGCAGCCUUCGUGCUUCUCUGAGAAAAGUAGGGUAUUUUUCUGAACCACUGCGGCGAUGACGCUGGAGUCGAUGAUGGCCUGCUGCUUGAGUGAGGAGGCCAAGGAGUCGAAGAGGAUCAACGCCGAGAUCGAUAAACAGCUUCGCCGAGACAAGCGAGACGCAAGGAGGGAGCUGAAACUUCUCCUCCUGGGUACUGGUGAGAGUGGCAAGAGCACCUUCAUCAAACAGAUGCGCAUCAUUCAUGGCUCGGGAUACACCGACGAGGACAAGCGCAGCUACACUAAGCUCGUCUACCAGAACAUAUUCACCUCCAUGCAGGCCAUGAUCCGUGCCAUGGACCACCUCAAGAUCAUGUACAAGUAUGAACAGAACAAGGCUAAUGCUCUCUUGGUGAGGGAGGUGGAUGUGGAGAAGGUGUGCUCUUUCGACCAGCCCUACAUCAGUGCAAUAAAGAUGCUGUGGGCUGACCCAGGGAUCCAGGAGUCCUACGAUCGCAGGCGAGAGUAUCAGCUGUCUGACUCCACCAAAUACUAUCUAAGUGAUCUGGAGCGUAUCGCAGACCCAUCCUACUUACCAACCCAACAAGAUGUCCUUAGGGUCCGUGUUCCAACUACAGGGAUCAUCGAAUACCCCUUUGACUUGCAAAGCAUCAUUUUCAGGAUGGUGGAUGUGGGGGGCCAGCGUUCAGAGCGCAGGAAGUGGAUCCACUGCUUUGAGAAUGUGACGUCCAUCAUGUUCCUUGUUGCCCUGAGCGAGUAUGACCAGGUUCUGGUGGAGUCCGACAAUGAGAACCGAAUGGAGGAGAGCAAAGCCCUUUUCCGGACGAUAAUCACCUACCCCUGGUUCCAAAACUCCUCUGUCAUUCUGUUCCUCAAUAAAAAGGACCUGCUGGAGGAAAAGAUCAUGUACUCUCACCUGGUUGACUACUUCCCAGAGUUUGAUGGUCCACAGAGAGAUGCCCAGGCAGGACGCGAGUUCAUCCUGAAGAUGUUUGUGGAGCUAAACCCUGACAGUGACAAGAUCAUCUACUCGCACUUCACCUGCGCCACGGACACCGAGAACAUCCGCUUCGUCUUCGCCGCCGUCAAAGACACCAUCCUGCAGCUGAACCUCAAAGAGUACAACCUGGUGUGAGGGAGGGAGGGAGAGGAGGAGUGAGAAAGAGGGACACCUGCAGCCCAUGCACAACACGAUUUUUAAUGUAUCCUACAUACAUCCACGCUCAUAACAUAAUCAAGAUUUAGACUGACACAGCUCUGCUCUUUUCAGGCACAGAUGUUUUUGUUUGUUCUUUUAUUUGACCAGAUUUUUUUGUUGUUGUUUUUUGGUUUGUUUCAUUUCUGACGGCGUUAUCAGUUGCUGCAGGCUACGUCUUGCCUUAUCCCAUCAGCUGAUAACUCCACUGCUUGUCCCUCCUGAUUGCCUCUCUUUUAAUGAGAGAGCUAGGGCACUUAGUCUGUGUGUGGUGGUGCUCAAAAGGGGCACAGUAGCUGGAUUGCAGCUGAGUUGCUCCAGCUGAGUGAGAAUUGAUGUAAGAACCUCAUCAGAGGAGACCCUGACCUUGAUCUUAGGAGAAAAACGGUCUGUCUGGAGGCAUAACUGCAACUCCAUGUUGAAAUGCUGAGCCGUUGGCACAGGCAACAUUCUAGCAGGGCAUUGAGUGCAGUUUUUUUUUUUUCUUUUUCUUUUUCUUUUCCUAUAGCGUGCCUCUCCAAGGCCAAACCUCACCUUGCAUCUUUGAAUGUAACUUGGUUUGAUUUUUUAACAUCUGACUGGAUGUUAAGACAUUUCACGCCGAAUGGCAGAGACCGUGUGCAUUUUGAUUUCUGUAUAUUAGGAAAUAAUUUCAACAUUUCUCACAAGCCCUACUGUUGAAGUAACGAAAAGGUUAUUCGUGAGUUAUGUGAAAAAUAGAUUCCCUCCAAAUGAAUGGGGUAGAUCAGUGCGUGUCGUCACCUUGCCACGAUUUCAUGUGUAGUUUUAGAGGUCCUGUAUUAACAAAAACAGUAUAACUCGCAGUGGGUUUCCUCCUCCAUCUGUACCAUUUGCCAAAUUUAUAUCUAGCUACUUUGAAGUUGAUUUGUUUGCUACAUGUUUUUUGCCAGUAUUGGUUGCCUACUUGGUACAGUUGAAGGGAUUUAAAGAAAAAAAGAAAAAAAAAAAAAAAAUCUAUAAUGUAUUUAGAAGUUUGCAAAACAAAUUGUAUUUUCUGUAUGUUUACAUGCAUUAAGAGAAUCAUUAGUUUCAGUAUAACCCAGGUGUUAUUUUGCCACAUAGUAUCUAUUAUUAUUUCGACAAUGUGAUAUGGUUACUAAAUACUGUUAUGGAGUGUCAUGCUUACUUCAUGGUGAAAUUUAAGAUCAUUUCAAUCGGUGGUGUUUGUGUGGCAACAGUUUGAAGUAAAAACUCUAAAAGCAGUACGAUUUUUUUUUUUCCUAGUGUUCAAACUGCUGGUUCCAUGAAGAACGUUUUCUCUGGCCAACAUUGUUCUACACAAGCGUGCUGUACAAAAGUGAAAUCGAUCUUUUUUUUUUUUUUUUUUUUUUUUUCCUAUUUAUGUAAUUUACGGACCAGAUAUAUAAAUGUUAAUAGGACUUGUUUUCCCCUCCAAUGAUUGUUUGAAAUGAAAGGGGAGGAGUCCAUACUGCUGUAAAAUCUAUAGGCUAAUCUACUUUUCUUUCAGUAUUUUGUACAUGCUUGUCACUUUUUUUUUUUAUUUCUUUUUCUUUUUUUUUCUUCAAGAUGCUUGACAAUGGAAAGUUUGAGUUGCCAUUACAAAGAUGCGCUUUAUGCAAAUAGGAAACGUAAGAAUUCAUUUAGUGGUCGAAUUCGUCGUAGGUUCCGCUCGGUAUCAAUUUUAGUACCAUAUCCUAGUUGUUGCUUGACGACUGUCUGAAAUUUCAUAGCUGUUGUGGUAAGGAGAUGAUUGAUUUUUUUUUUUGAAUUAUUUUAUUUUAUUUUUUUCCUUGCAAUGUAAUUCAGGUGAGUUUUCAUACUUUCAUUAUAAGGGCUAAUUAUGGGUGACAUUGACAGGAUGCAAGAAUGCUUUUGAGUCUAAAACAGCAAUAGGUGCAAUGAAGCGAGUAGCUGAAUCGGGGUGACGGUGUGUUCGUGUACGGAUGAUGGGAUGAUUAUCGUCUCCGCGGAUUUAGCUUUCAAAGUGUGCCAGGGAUACACCUGACAAAUCAUACGUUUGACUACAAUGCAAUGGGAAGCUCUGGGUAAUUCUAGGCUUCGGAGAAAAGUUCUUUUGCUUGCCCGACCCCCGCCCCCGACCCCUGCUUCGUUUGCAGCGGUGUGGUUUAGGAUGGACUGCAGAUUGAAAUGUGGGUUUAGCGCAAAUGAGUUCAAGUCAAGAGGGGAACAUGCUAAACCAUUCCAUUUUUUUUUUUUUAACAAGCAUGUGGCAUAUUUAUGCAAUUUUUGGUUCAGUACAACAACAGAACUCCGUCUGAUCUCUCUGCCUGAACUCUGCGUCAUGCUCGGGGCCCUGUUUAGGACAGGCAUGGGUUGUUUUUUUUUUCUUUUCACGGCAGCACCUCUCUUUGAUAAUUGUAUAGUAAAGAUGUACGCGCCAUUAGCAAUGGUAAAACAUCUUGCUUUGUAUUCUAUUCCCUUCACCAUCUGUGAUCUGCGUGUUUGGUAUUUGUUGUUAACAGAACACACAGGUUGUGCGGUUUGAGAACAGGAUCAGUCCAAAGCUUGUUAGUGCCACAGAAAUCACACACUGCGCUUUUUUUAAAAAAAAAAAAAAAAAAAAAAUUUCGCCUGGAUUCCAGAAAUCGUUAGACUUUGGCUUGAAAGUUUCAGUGUUGCACUGCACAUACUAAUAUAUAUUUUUUUGGUCGAGUAUUUCUAGACUGCAAGCCCUGUCUACAUACGACUUGCAUUUUGAUCUAGAAGGUUAACGAUGACUACAUUCACGUGAUUUGUUGAGGUGACGUGGAUGGGUGAUGGAUACAGGUGCCAGGCCACUGCUGCUGUAAUUAUUAUUAUUAUUAUUAUUAUUAUUAUUAUUAUUAUUUUUUUGAACUUCCUUGAAAUGUGCAGUUUAGGUAAGAUUAAACUUUUAGCGCACUCAAACUCUAUCAAUUGUACUUUAACGUGUAUGGGCCAUAUUUAGCCAUGCAUCUCUGAUUAUAUGAAACGUACUUGUUCUUGUUUAUAUCGAUACGAACGCUAGGGUUUGACUUCAUUGUACAGAAGCUGCAUCACACUAGAUCCUGUCGUUUCUCACUAACAGGAAACACUACGGAUAUUCUUGUAGGUCACACAUUGCAAAAACAGACUUCUUUGUACCACAUGUAAGCAUUACUCUUUCAUGAUGUCCAAAGGGCAGCGGAGACAUUUGCCCAGCUGUUGAGUUCUCAAUGUUGAGGGUUUUUUUUUUUGUUCUCCCUGGGUCAGUGCACUAAACCUGCUUAGCACUAAUGGCUGCCGUUUAUCUGUUUGGUCAAGCACAUUCCUGGUACUUGGAGAUGUGAACACUAACGGAAUGGAUGCUUUUGCUUGAGGUCCAUGCUGAUGUGAUGGAUACAGGAAAUAUGAAGCUAACUUUUUUUUUUUUCUUUUUUCUUUUUUCUUUUAAUAAUUUACCUGUAUGUAGGACCACUUAAUAGAAAUGAUGGUUUUUUGUUUUUGUUUUUUUCCUUUCAGUUGCUUUUUGAUAACAGGUUAAAAAAUAAUUUGUGGUGUAUAAAAUCAAAGUAAUGUUUUUUUUUUGUUUGUUUAGCUUUUUUAAGCAUACCAAAUGUAAAUGAUGUACUAUAAUGUGUGCCAAUCCCCUUUCUUUGUAGAGCCAGACUUUUAACAAGUGCCAAUAUUGUGUAAAACCAUAAAAAAAAAAAGGACUUGGUCAAUGUAUUUUAUGGUCCUGUUUUUAAAA